ACUUCACUGUCUCCCUCCCUCUUUUCUCUUUCGCUCCUCAGCAAACAAAAAAAAAAUGGCUGCCUCCGUUUUUGAUCAUCAUCCCAGUUCUUCCCUGCUCUCAAUCCGAUCCUCAUAAAAAUCACAUCUUUAACUAAGAAACCCCAAGUUUUCUCUGACCCAAAACUUUGAGCGACAAUCCCAGUUGGGCUCUUUUGGCUUUUUCAGCUGAAACCCAACUCAAAGCUUCAAUCUUUUUCCCCAGUUUCUGGGUUUAUCGUCUUCAAAAUUUGUUUGAUGAGUUCUUACAGUUGUGUCUGACAUGGUUACUGAUACGUAUUCGAAGAUGAUGUCCGAGAUGUCAAUGCGAUCCAUGCUUAAGAACAACGGCGAUUACAGUGAAGAUUUGAGCCUUCUGAUUCGUCAGCAGAGGCAAGAAGUGAGUGAGCGAGAGAAGGAGCUCAAUCCAUACAGAAGUGGGUCGGCCCCACCCACCGUAGAAGGGUCGCUGAACGCCGUCGGCGGUCUUUUUGACGCCGUUAAUGGCUUUGCGAGCGAGGAGGAGCUAAGGGCUGAUCCGGCUUAUCAUAGCUACUACUACGCCAAUGUCAAUCUCAAUCCGCGGCUACCGCCGCCGCUGAGGUCCAAGGAGGACUGGCGGUUUGCGCAGCGGGGCGGCGCCGGAGGAGGUUCUGGGGUCGGAGGCAUUGGGGAUAGGAGGAAAGGCGGGAGGGGUGGUGGCGGUGAAGGGUCGCUUUUUUCGGUGCAGCCGGAGAAUGGGGCGGCGGCGAGGAAUGGAGAGUGGGGCGGAGAUGGGCUGAUUGGGUUGCCCGGGUUGGGACUUGGGAGUAGGCAGAAGAGUAUUGCCGAGAUUCUUCAGGAUGAUAUACAGAAUACAACUGGCUCAAGGCACCCUUCUCGUCCAGCUAGCCGGAAUGCAUUUGAUGAUGGUGUUGAAACUUCAGAUACCCAGUAUGCUCAGAUGCAUCGUGAUUUGGCAUCUUUAGAUGCUUUGCGCUCUGGUGGAAAUAAGCAGGGUAUGUCUGCUGCCCAGAACUUUGGUUCCUCGGGCUCUCAUACUUAUGCUUCUGCUCUAGGUGGUUCACUGUCAAGAAGCACCACACCAGAUCCUCAGCUUGUAUCUAGGGCUCCUAGUCCCCGGAUUCCACCAGUUGGAGGAGGAAGAGCUCCUUCCACUGAUAAAAAUAGUGUCGGUGGUCAAAAUUCAUAUAAUGGUAUCGCAUCCAAUGUGAAAGAGUCUGCAGAUCUGGUAGCUGCCUUAUCUGGUAUGAACCUGUCAAAAAACGGCAGGAUGCAUGAAGAGAAUCAUGCACAUUCACAGAUUCAAGGUGAUAACCACUUUGAUAUGCAAGGGGAUCGGAACCAUAUUAAACAAAAUUCAUAUAUGAACAAGCCUGAUUCAGGGAAUUAUCAUUUGCAUUCUGUUUCCCAGUCUACCAAACACUCUUAUCAGAAUAUGGCCAAAGGCAGUGGAUUUGGGAGGGACCAGAACAACCCUUCACUGAUGUCUGAUGGGCUAGCUGAAAUUAACAAUCCUGCUGUAUCUUCUGCUAACUCAUACUUGAGAGGACCCUCUGCCCCAGCUCUUAAUGGCCGAGGAAGCUCAGUCUCUCACUAUCAGAAUGUAGACGGUAUGAAUUCCUCAUUUGCAAACUAUGGGUUAGCUGGGUAUUCUGUUAGUCCAUCGUCCCCCUCCAUGAUGGGGAGCCCACUGGGUAAUGGUAAUUUACCACCCUUGUUUGAAAAUGCUGCUGCUGUUUCUGCAAUGGGUGGCUUGGACUCUGGAGCCUUUGGAGGAGGUAUGUCUCUGGGACCAAAUUUGUUAGCAGCAGCUGCUGAAUUGCAGAAUAUGGGGAGGGGCGGAAAUCACACUGCCGGAGGUGCUCUUCAGAUGCCCCUGAUGGACCCCUUGUAUCUGCAGUAUUUAAGAUCAAAUGAGUAUGCUGCUGCACAGCUUGCAUCCCUUCAUGACCCCACAGCAGACAGGGAAGGCAUGUAUAUGGACUUACUGGGGUUGCAAAAAGCUUAUCUGGGACAAUUACUUUCGCCUCAAAAAUCACAGUUUGGUGCUCCCUACAUGGGUAAGUCUGGUAGCUUGAAUCAUGGUUAUUAUGGAAAUCCAGCAUUUGGGCUUGGUAUGUCUUAUUCUGGAAGUCCCCUUCUUCCAAACUCUCCCGUUGGACCAGGUAGUCCUGUCAGGCACAGUGACAGGAACUUGCGUUUUUCUUCGGGGAUGAGGAACAUGAGUGGAGGUCUUAUGGGAGCUUGGCACUCUGAAACUGGUGGAAAUUUUGAUGAAAGUUUUGCAUCCUCUUUGCUAGAUGAGUUCAAGAGCAAUAAGACUAAAUGUUUUGAACUUUCAGAAAUUUCAGGUCAUGUUGUUGAGUUCAGUGCGGACCAGUAUGGGAGUAGGUUCAUUCAACAGAAACUUGAAACUGCCACAACCGAAGAAAAGAACAUGGUUUUUGAUGAAAUUAUGCCCCAAGCCCUUUCUUUGAUGACCGAUGUGUUUGGUAAUUAUGUGAUUCAGAAGUUUUUCGAGCACGGUUCUGCAGCACAAAUUAGAGAACUGGCUGACCAGCUCACUGGGCAUGUGCUGACACUUAGUCUUCAAAUGUAUGGCUGUCGAGUGAUCCAGAAGGCUAUAGAAGUUGUUGAUCUGGACCAGCAGACUCAAAUGGUCACAGAACUGGAUGGUCACAUUAUGCGUUGUGUUCGUGAUCAAAAUGGGAACCAUGUCAUCCAGAAGUGUAUUGAAUGUAUACCUGAAGAUGCUAUCCAGUUUGUCGUUUCAACCUUUUAUGAUCAAGUUGUGACACUGUCAACUCAUCCAUAUGGUUGUCGUGUCAUACAGAGAAUUUUGGAGCACUGCCAUGAUCUCAAAACGCAGCAGAUAAUGAUGGAUGAGAUUUUGCAUGCUGUUUGCACUUUGGCACAAGAUCAGUAUGGAAAUUAUGUUGUGCAGCAUGUGCUGGAGCAUGGAAAGCCAGAUGAGCGCUCAGAUAUAAUUAGGAAACUAACUGGGCAGAUUGUUCAAAUGAGCCAGCAGAAAUUUGCCUCCAAUGUUAUAGAAAAGUGUUUAACUUUUGGAACUCUUGCUGAGCGCCAGGCCCUUGUAACUGAGAUGCUCGGUACCACUGAUGAAAACGAACCCCUUCAGGCAAUGAUGAAGGACCAGUUCGCAAAUUAUGUUGUACAGAAAGUUUUGGAAACUUGUGAUGACCAGCAACUUGAACUAAUACUUAACCGUAUUAAGGUUCAUCUGAAUGCUCUGAAGAAGUAUACUUAUGGGAAGCAUAUAGUUGCACGUGUAGAGAAACUUGUUGCUGCUGGAGAGAAGAGGAUUAGCAUCCUGACUCCACAAUGUCCACCUGCUACUGCUACUGCUUAGAUGGGGCGCGCGGGAAUGAAGUUGUACAGCUAACUGAGGAUAAUAUGAGCCCCUCUCUCUUUGUUUCAUGUCUCUAGUAAAGGCUCUGUCUAUUGAUUCAAAUGGAUAGGAGCAAUGAAAAUAAAGAUUGUUGGUUGUACUUAAAAAACUGUACAUUGUUAGUUUGAGGAUAUACCUUAGAGUAGUCGCGGCUCAGACGGUGAACACACCUGAGGCCCCUGCAGAGGAGAUAAUUUUAGUGUACAAGUUUUAAGGGUGUAAAAAGCAAGGCGGUAGUAGAUUUUGUGGUCGUGACUGUACAAAAAGUAUGUUACCAGGUGGAGUCCUCCAUAAGUUUUUUUCUUUGAUGUAUGGUAUUGAUGAUUUUAUAUUUCUAAUUAAGGAACCUUCCAGUUAAAGGCUUUGAAUC